GCGACGCCUGGUUUUGUUUUUUUGUGUUUUUAGUUUUAGUUUUGGGCAUCAAUUAAAACAGUAUUUAUCGUUUAAUUUUAAGCAACAAUCAGGAUGUAUUAUUGCUGCAGUGUCACAAAAUUAUACAAGUGGAUACAGUGAUAAAGUUAAUUACAGUGAAAAAUUAAAUUGUGUGGCUUCGGAUGUGGUUCAAAUACCAUCUGGAUUAUUAGAAGCAAACAUUUUCGUUGAAUCAACCUCAGAUAAUGAUACAAUCUCUCUACUGGUAUUCGAAGAACACGAUGAGAUAGCAGGUAAAGUCGACAUCACUGUUUCAAAAACUGACAGUAAAAGUGGACCUCACACGCUACAAAUGCGAGUUACCAAAAUGACAGGCUAUGUGGUCAUCAUAGCGCGAACUGCAUUGACAUCAAACAUUUUGGUUGAAACUGUCUACGUCUUACUAGAUGAUCCAUUGGAAGAUGCUAUAAAUAGCAAAGAUAACAAUCAUUUUACUUUAUCUCCAUUUAACGGAGUAUCUGGGAUUACUUUGCCUACAGUAUCAUUUCCAACUCCGUCAACGGCAGCAACUACUACGACAGAAGAGCCAACAACUGUUUCUUCAACGACCACAGAAGAGCCAACAACCGUUUCAUCAACGACCACAGAAGAACCAACCACUGUUUCAUCCACAACCACACAAGAACCAACCACUGUUUCAUCCACAACCACACAAGAACCAACCACUGUUUCAUCCACAACCACACAAGAGCCAACCACUGUUUCAUCCACAACCACACAAGAACCAACCACUGUUUCAUCCACAACCACACAAGAGCCAACCACUGUUUCAUCCACAACCACACAAGAACCAACAACUAUUUCAUCAACGAACACAGAAGAGGCAACAACUGUUUCAUCAACGUCCACAGAAGAACCAACCACUUCACUAUCUACUAUGGUACAGGAACCCACAUCUUCACCACCAGAUUAUACUACAGAGACUACAUCUUCUUCAAUAAACUCCCUCACAGACACCACAUCCACUACUAUAGAUUCCACAUCAGAAACUACAGGGGUAACACAGGGAGAAACUACGACACUUCCUUCAGAUCAAUCUACCACUGCACCGGGAACUACUUCGGUAUCUACAACUGAAAACCCUGAGAUUGCCGAUAAUCCAAAGUUGAGCAGAUUCAUAAUAGCAAUAAUAGUUGUAAGUUCUGUUGUUGUUUUAGUCGUUAUUGUCGUUAUUAUCUGGAUCUUUAAUUGUUCUAGCAAAGGCUUAAUGUGUACUUCUAAAGCAUAUAAUUUUAGUGAUACUAAAGACGUUGUAUAGUUAGUAUAUUGGUAUAUAGAACUGUUAUUGAAUUGUCUACUGACACGCAAUUCGAUUCUGUGCAUAAGUAAACUCUUUUUAUCACUUAAAAAAAAA